CCGUCGCUGAGAGCGGUGACAGCGGGAUGUCUGACGACGAGGCUGCGCUGCUGGAGCUGCUUGCACUCGAGGGCGCGGGUGAGGGCGAGGGUGAGGGCGAGGAGUACGAGGUCGAGUACGAGUACAUCGAGGUGGAGGAAGUUGACGACGACGGCGACGGCGUGGUUGACCGCGUCUUGGUCGAUGAGGACGGCGACGGCAAGGCCGACGUCGAGUACACUUUUGAGUAUGUCGAGGUUGAGGUCGAUGGUGGUGACGGAGACGGCGGCGGCGGCGACGAUGACGACGACGACGAACUGGGCCUGCUUGACGCGCUGCUGGCGGACGGCGACGGCGAGGAAGAGAAGGAAGGAGGCGAUGGCAGCGGGGCCGGCGGAGGGGAUGCGUCUGAUGGAGAUGGGCCCAGUGACGAUGGAGGCGCCGAGUUGGAUGCCCUGCUGGCGGCCGACGACGACGACGACGACGACGACGACGAGACCGGAGCGGCCGGGCAAGGUGCUACCCGGAGCGCGGGCGGUGACGACGAUGACGACGACAUCAACGAUCUUAAUGCGCUGCUUGCUAUGGGGAGUGGUGACGACGAGGUAGAUGGAGGCGCAGACGGCGUCGGCAGUGGACAGGCGGCGGUGGCGUCGGGCUCGUUCUCGGCCGAGGCGGACGCCAUUGACGCGCUCAUCGACGAGCAAAUGGCCAAUGAUGAGAACGUCGAGGAGGACAAGGGUGCCGAUGAGACGAUGGAUGCUCUGCUUGCGCUGCAGGAGUUCUCGGACGAUGACAAGGCUGGCGGCACCAACGACGAUGACGGCGGCGAUGACGAGGCCGAUGCCGCGCUGGCGGCGCUGGACGCGCUCAUGGACGAUGAUGACGACAACGAUGCGGCGGCACUGGCAGUGCUGGAGAGUGUUGCAGACGACGGCGACGGUGCCAAGCCGACUGACGGCGAUGGCAACGACGAUGGCGCGAAAGAGGCGGAUGCGGCACUGGCAGCGCUUGCCGCUCUAGGUGAAGACGAUGAUGACGACGGUAUCGACGACGGCAAUAGGAUCGACGUAGACGGUGGUGGAGUUGCGUCCGACAAUGAUGAUCCGGCCCUGGCACUUUUGGAGGCUGUGACUAGUGAGGAUGGAAGCAAUGGUGACGAUGCGUUGGCGGCGCUCGAUGCGCUGGCCGACGACGAGUCGGACAACGACGCCGAUGCACUCGCCAUGCUUGCUGCGCUUGGAGCCGACGACGGCGAUGAGCCAGUCAAGGCUGCUGCAGGUGGUGCAAGCGACGACGGCAGCGAAGAGUUUGACUGGGCAGCGCUUGGAGCCGACGACGACGAUGAGCCGGUCAAGACUGGCGCAGGUGGUGCAAGUGACGACGGCAGCGCAGAGUUUGACUGGGCAGCGCUUGGAGCCGACGACGACGAUGAGCCGGUCAAGGCUGGCGCAGGUGGUGCAAGUGACGACGGCAGCGCAGAGUUUGACUGGGCAGCGCUUGGAGCCGACGACGACGAUGAGCCGGUCAAGGCUGGCGCAGGCAACGAGAGUGGUGGCGGCUCCAGUGGCUUUGAUUGGGCCGCACUUGCCGACGACGAGAGCGACGAGAGCGGGUGUGGCGGCGGGUCGAGCUCGCCUUCGUUUGCGUUUGGCGACGGUUCAUCAGGCAGCGACGACAGCUCCAGCUUUUGUUUCGACAAGAGCACGGAUACCGAGUCCGGUGCAAACCUUUUCGGGAGCUCGUCAGCCAGCAAGUCAGAGAGUUUCGGCUUUACCCUUGGCGACAGCGACUCUGGCGAGAGCGACGACGAAGGGCUGUCAGCGUUCAUGUCGACCGACUCGGAGGAGGAACCCAUCAAAGCGGUGAUGAUGAAAGCAGCAGUCGGCAAGGAGAGUGCUGGGCGGCGGCGGCGGCGGCACCGGCGGGUGAGCAAGCAUCGCGAUGUGCGUGGGCUUGGGCUCUCGCCAUCGUACGAUCCGCGACUCGACCCGCGGUCGCCGGUCUUUGAUCCGUCACUUGCUGCGUACGACGCACGUCUUGAUCCUGCGUCGCCGAUGUACAAUCCACACCACCCCGCCGGGGUAGCGCAUCCCUACAUUGCACCGGCGCUCUCGCCAGCCGAGGUCGAACAGCGGUAUGCACUGGCGGCGACUGCUGCCGCAGCCGCAGUGGCGGCCGCCGUCAAGGCACCGCUUCCGAACCACAGCUCGCCGCCGCCUCACGCUCGCAGCAGCGUCUCGCCUGUGAACGCGCGCGGAAUCCCGCGCGAUGCGGCGGCGCGCAACGCGCUCCACCUCGCAUACCUUCGGCAGCAGCAGCAGCUGUUGCAGACGCUCGCGGGAAGGGUGUAG